GUAACAGUUAAAACCAGAAGGUAAUAUAAAUAAAACUUAAAACGUCAAAUUGAUAAAUGCUAGCGGUUUGAUUGCUUCAGAUCGUGUUUACAUAGUAUAUAUUAAUUAAAAUUAAAUAUAUAAAAUGGGAAUAUUAAGAAAAACACUAAAUUGGUAUGCCAAAUUGUCUCCCAGCCGCGGUAAAGUCAAUCCUCCUUACGAACAUAUCGUGCAGAUAGGCGAUCCUAGGUUACGUAAAAUAUGCGAAGAGGUCCCUCUCGAGGCGAUAAAAACAAAUGAAAUACAGAAAUUAAUCCUCAUUUUGGAACACAUGCUUAUUAAAUAUGGAAGUGUUGGAAUGUCAGCUCCGCAGGUGGGCAUCAAUAAGAGAAUUUUCGUUAUGAGACACACUGCGAAGCAAAUAAAAUCAGAACCACCUGAAAUUGUGAAAAGUAAAAAUAUGUACGAGGUUCCAUUCACUGUUUUUAUUAAUCCUGUGGUCAAAAUACUGGAUUAUAAUAAAGUAAUUUUUACUGAAGGAUGUGAAAGUAUUAAAUCAUUUCAAGCAGAUGUUGCAAGACAUAAAUCUGUAGAAGUAACUGGAUACAAUGCAGAUGGGGAACAAAGCACAAAACAGUAUAGUGGCUGGCCAGCCAGAAUAGUUCAACAUGAAAUGGAUCACUUAAAUGGAAAGUUAUAUACUGAUAUUAUGGACAGAAAAACCCUUCAGUGUGUCUGUUGGGAGGAAAUCAAUUUAAGUAAAGGGAAAGUUGCUAUACCAUACAGCCCAUAGUAGAAUAAUAAAUUAUUAUGUUUAUAUAGUGUAAAUUUGCAUAAGUAAAUUUGCA